GAGAAAGAAAAAAAAAAUCUCUGAGGAGGAGGACAAAUUAUUGAAGGGGAUUUUAUUGGUGGGAGCGAGGCGAAUUCUUGGAGAGAACGAAAUUCUUGAAAAAGAAAAGGAAGCAGGCGGCGCAGGAGAAGAAAAAGCGAAGCAGCGAGCAGCGAGCAGCGAGCUUGGGACGCGAACGACAAUUGGCAAUCAGUUUCCUCAAGGCUUGAGCUGAAUUCAACGAGAGUGAUUAUUUUGGUUGGAUUUUCUAAACCGAACUUGUUGCGUAUUGUUGAUUUAGAUCAUGAUGAUCAAUCCCCGUUAACAGAGAGAGCAGCGUCGGACUAGCUCGCCGCCGGCAAUCGAAGCUCGAACUCUAGCGGCAAGGAGGCGCUUCAGGCGGAGGAGGCGCGGGGAAGCAAGGCAGAGGAGGAGGCGGGACUGAGACGGGAGUCGCGGCAGCGUGCGAGGGCGGCCAGAGAGCGCAGUCGGAAGUUCUUUUUCUGUCCCUAAUUCGUCCUUUCUUGUCGCUUGAGCUUGAAGAAAUUCGACUAGGAGAACUGAAAACUGACGACGAGCUUCUUGUAAGCGUUUGUUGAAUCGACAGAUAAGGCCGCGCUUCUUUGAUGGAGGCGUAAGUUUGAAUGUUUGAUUGCUGGCAAGUGGAAGAAGAAGACGAGACUUGUACUGGUUUGCGAUUGCAAGGUUAGUUGUUCAUUGCCAUCACUGUUACAGCUUUGGUUUCGCUUCUUUCAUUCUGUGAAUUCAAUAUCUGCUUUCUGAAUUUUGCCCUAGUUAUCAGUGUUUUACCCCUUGCAAUCGGCCUGCCUAUGUAAUGCAAGUUUCUAGGUGAAUUUCUCUUCUCUCCAUUGGAAGUGUUCUCAGAGAGAGGGAAUCAUAUUUUCCAUGUUGAUUAAGCUGUUGACAGGGUUUCUGGGGUGUUCCAUGUUGAGAUUUUUGGUAUGGACAGACUUGUGCUUUAGUAUCGGCGGGUAGUGUUAUAAUUGUGCUUAGUGGCUGAUCGUAAUGAUGUUUUGCAGAGGACAAUUUUUGGUGUAGCCCUGAUCUCUUUGCCCCGUUCAUCCAAAUAUGACAGAUUCAGGAGAAUCUCAACAGCCUGAACAAGUAUGCAACUUUUUCAGAAAGCCAACUAAGAGCAAGAACAUCAGGAAGAGAGCAGUAGAAGAUGAUAAUGCCGAGGAUUCAAAAUCCGAAAGCUCUUUCUUAAGCAAUCAGAAGAAGGCGCCAAAGGCUGAUAACAAGCUAUACUUCUGGUCAGGACCUUCGAAGAGCUCAAAGCCAUCAGAAUCCAACUCAGACAACAAUGAGAAGCCCAUCUUUCAGUUUGAGUCUUCAAAGGUAAUUCAGGUACAAAAUGACAGCAGGGCAACAGCAACUCUGGAAACCGAGACAGACUUCGGAAGAGAUGCCCGGGCAAUACGCGAGAGAGCUCUUAAGCUAGCUGGGGAGGAUCUGAAGGGUAACAAACAGGGUUCUUCAGGUAGCAACGAGAAGCUGUACAAGGGAAUUCAUGGAUAUACAGAUCACAAAGCUGGCUUUAGAAGAGAGCUAACAAUUGCAAGUGAGAAAGCUGGUGGAUCACAUGGACCACUUAGGGCAUCUGCACACAUCAGAGUCUCGGCAAGAUUCGACUAUCAGCCGGAUAUAUGUAAAGAUUACAAAGAAACUGGUUACUGUGGUUAUGGAGAUUCUUGCAAGUUUAUGCACGAUCGAGGCGAUUACAAGUCUGGAUGGCAGAUGGAGAAGGAGUGGGAUGAGGCAGAGAAGGCAAGGAAGAGAAAAUUAGCUUUGGGUGCCUUGGCCAAGGAGGAUGGCGAAUUUGAUGAAGCUAAUGAUGAGGACGAUGAUGAGGACGAUGAUGAUGCCUUGCCAUUUGCAUGUUUCAUUUGUAGGGAGCCUUUUGAAGAUCCUGUCGUGACCAAAUGCAAGCAUUACUUCUGUGAACAUUGUGCUCUAAAGCAUCAUUCCAAGAACAAGAAAUGCUUCGUCUGCAACAAGCCGACUCUGGGUAUUUUCAACACUGCCCAUGAAAUACGCAAGAGGAUGGCAGAGGCGAGCAAAUGAUCAUGCUGUUAUGCUGAUUGUUGCCCGCAUCCUCCCUUGUACUGCUUGGACUGCUUUACCCACACUGUUAUUGGUUGGUUCCAUUUUGGGUUCAUGACACUGGUUGUUGCAUCUUCCCGGUUCACGACUUGGAGCAAUUUCACUUUGAUGAGAGCAUUAAUGAUCUAGUAUGUACACGGUACACCAUCGAAUUGCGAGCAUACCAUGUAAUCUAAAGUUUAUCAGUAGUCCGGAAUCCUGAUUUGCCUGUACCUUGUUGUCUGUUCUUUUUAUGUAUAUCACCUCAUUGAUUAGCUAGGAUAUCCGAAUCGAUCUGCUCGCAUUCCAGCCUUGUGAAAGGACGUUAAGGUGGAGAAGUUGGGGGAAUUCCAGGCUUUCAACUACAUCAUUUACCAAUUAUUUGAUAUGGAGUAAUUGAUCUUUAUGUGUGCAGGGACACAAUUGUGAGAUUCAGUGAAGAUUUUGCUAGAAAUAAAGGAUAAAAUCCACAGUUCAGUGAUCAGAGUGACCCCUAACUAUUAGCUAAUCCACUCCUUGUUCGACCUUCAUUAGCUUCCAAUACUCAAAAUGGCGGAGGCGAAAGGAGAGGAAAUUGCCA